UGAGGAAUCCUGUAAUCCUGUCCUGUGCUGUAUCAAUCGGUAUCAAUAGUAAAUACUUAAGACGAUCUUAAGAAUAAGCAACGACUCUGAACACCGGCCUAUGGCCGAUAUUCCUGCUAUUUUUCUCUAUGCCAUGUUUCCAGUCUCUGUCUUGUACAGGAACAUACAGGAAACAGGGACUUGAGCAAAUGCUUAAGGCGAUCUUAAAUAUAAGUAACGACUCUGAAUCUGAACUCCGGCCAUAGUGACCUUCCAGGGUCAUUAUAAUUACAUUUAUCUGAAGAUCAUGAUGGAAUCAUGAGGUGAACAUGUGAAAAUGUGAACGUUUCCCAACGUUUGGAAACCCAGAUUUCAGAAGCCUGCGCCACGUGUUCAGGGCUCUGGAGGUGGGAGUGAUCGGAUCGAAGCGAGUAGAGAGGGGCGGCGAGAGAGGCGAGGAAUGUCAGCUGCCCAGCUCUGCGCUCCUCGAAUUCAAUCGGCACCGAAAAGCCGAUGCUGCCGUUCAGUACUUUUGUUCGUAUCGUGCGAGACAGUCGCGUGCACUUAUGGAUUGAGGCGCGCGGCUAUCAGAGGAGACCGCGUCGACAGUAGCCAGGGCCCGUUCGCGUCCAACCAUGGGAGAUCGCCGGAACAGCCGCGAGGUGCUCACCAUAUUGUUUCUGUGUCUAAUGUGGUACGGGUUCUCGAGUAGCAGCAACGUCGUCGGCAAGAUGCUGCUCUCGGAGUUCCCGUAUCCGUUGACGGUGACCAUGGUCCAGUUGACCUCUAUCACGGUCUAUUCCGGCCCGUUCUUCAACCUGUGGGGCGUUCGGAAGUACACGGGCGACAUACCGUGGGGCUACUACAUGCGGCUGAUAGUACCGCUCGCUUUGGGGAAAUUCCUUGCGAACGUGCUGAGCCACGUCAGCAUUUGGAAAGUGCCUGUCUCGUACGCCCAUACUGUGAAGGCUACAAUGCCCUUCUUCACGGUGUUCCUCUCAAGAAUCAUAUUGAAGGAGAAGCAGACCUGGAAGGUGUACCUUAGCUUGGUCCCAAUAGUCGUCGGUGUGGCGGUAGCCACUCUGACGGAGCUCAGCUUUAACAUGAUCGGCUUGUUGAGUGCCUUAGCGUCCACCAUGGCAUUCUCUCUGCAAAACAUUUAUUCCAAAAAGGUGCUGCAUGACACGGGAGUCCAUCAUUUGAGGCUGCUGCUGAUCCUCGGCCGCCUGGCACUGAUUCUCUUCGCGCCUAUAUGGGUUUUAUUCGACCUGAGGAGAUUAUUAUACGACACGGUGACAGACGCGAAUUACAAUAUACUCGGUCUUCUGUUCCUCGACGGCGUUCUUAACUGGCUGCAAAACAUAAUCGCGUUCUCCGUGAUGUCGAUCGUUACUCCGCUGACCUACGCGGUGGCCAGUGCGAGCAAACGCAUAUUCGUAAUCGCGGUCACGCUGUUCGUGCUAGGGAACCCGGUCACGUGGUUAAACGUAUUCGGAAUGACGCUGGCCAUCGGCGGUGUUCUCUGCUACAACAACGCCAAGUACGAUCAAAGAAUGGAGAAGGAGAAUCGACCCACGCUGCCGGUUUAUCAGGAAAAAAAUCGGAACGGUAUCAGUGACGGUUCUUUCAUGGCCAAUGGCUGGCCUGGGAAGAAACAACAGUCGUACGAUGUCUAGUCUUUUGGUUGUUGGACGUUCGUUUUACCUUUGACGAAACUCGCGCGAGGUUCGCGGACUCGUGCGACGACGAAGUAUUUAUAAAUACAUACAUACAUAUACAUAUAUAUAUAUUUUAUGAAUAUUACUUUGCACAAAGAAGUAAUACGAAUUGGCGAACUCUGAUUCGGUUAAGCCUCGUCUAUUUAAUUUAAACAGCGAGCGACUUGCUGGCAAGAUGGGAGCUUCGUUGAUUGCUGGAUCAAUUAGCGUUCGAGAUAUACGAUUACAUUCCCGCGCGUACGAUCCUUCGAAACAAUGGGGUAUAUAAAACUCAGGAAUCCAAUUACGGCUUAGCUCAAUACCGAGCUAAGUAUUGAUUAGAUUCGCAAUUGUUCCUUCGAAGCUCGAGUAUCGCGAUUCGAUUUAAUUCGUUUCUUGUUUACGUUUCUACUUAACAAUCCUCUGAGACGUCUACUUACUUAGCUCGCUCUAACGUCGUAAAACAAAUUCGUGAAACAUUGUAGGAUCAGUUUUUGUGUCAUAUUGACGAAUGAUCGAUACAUGGGCUAUUACCACCUCCUAAACUUUUUUUUGUAUGGAUUUCUUGUGUGACUAACGAAACGAGUUCGGUGAAGCUACGAUCACCUUAAAGGGAUUCUGACUGGGUGCUGAUUUAAUGUUCCCCUGAUCGAAGCCACCGGACUCGAUUCGAUACGUUUCAUCAUGGCAAUUGUACAUCGAUGAAUUUGUCGAACUCCGUGCGAGUUCUAAUCAUAGUAUUCAGAAUUGUUACUUAUUUUUAAGGUCAUCUUAAGCAUUUCCUAUCCCUGUCUAUCCUAUAUUUCCAGUCCCUGUUCUGUACAGGAAACAGGAACUUAAGCAAAUACUUAAGGCGAUUUUAAAAAUAAAUAAUGACUGAAUACUGGUCAUAAAGAUAAUAUUAUAGAGUAGGUAAGCCAUGUCGCGUGUAAGAGGAAAUGGUAUAUAUAUAUAGAAAAAGAGAAGAGUUCAGGUAGUGAUGGUAU